UGUCCCGUCUGCGUGUUUCUUCUCCUUCGUCCGUGUUUGUUUGCGCUGUUUUUACAUUAUGAUCAACGAAUACCAUCUAGCCCAACUCUCGACAUUAAUAUCGUCCAUGUGUUUUGUCCAGGUAAUGUUUUCUGAAAAAUACACACAAAGGUAUUUUACAUCUGAUACUUUCGGCAAAAAAUUUCCGCUAUGUCAUAUAAAGAGGACAGGCUUAUGCUUGCGCGUAAAACAUACGUGAUUACAUUUAUCUAUGUUUAACUUCAUGCCUCAUGUGUCGCAUCAGGCUGAGAUACGGCAGAUGUCAUCUUGUAAUGCCCAACAGUCGGCCAUUUCUGAAAUUUCAGAAUAGACUACACAGUCAUCCACAUAGAGCCUUUGUUUUAAUUUCAGUGAGUGGGUGAUAUCAUUGAUAAAAAUUAAAAAUAAAUACGGUCCCAGAAAUAAAGGCUGCAAGACAAAUGUUACAUCAAAGUAGUCUGCGUGGUGGGUUAUCGUAGAAUACCGCGCAUCCGCCCAUUCCCGAAUUUGUAAGAUCUGAGAAAAUAUGCACACUACAUUGAUAUGUAAAAUUGAUGCCCAUUCCCCCUAUUUUUUUGUGGUUAUCUCUAAAUGUUGAGUGGGCACUUGUGCGGUAUAUUACAGUAUGUGCAUGUAUUAGGUCAUUGAAUUAAUGGCUGGCUUUGUUACCAUAGCAUAGACUUUGGGUUAAUUUUUGGCGUCUGAUCUCUGUCUUGGCACCUUUUGGAAGUUAUCCGAUUCUAGAGAAACUAUUGAAUCUUGUGAAAAUCAGUUGACUGAUUUUGUGCGUCCUCCCGUCAGGGAUGGUCACAAGAGCUUCGGACAUCAAAAAGGAGAGUGCCUGCCGUGAAGACAGCAUGGUAACGUGUACAAGUCUGGACGAAGGGCACUCCUGGACCGCUGCCCCUUUUUAGUUGAAUGGUGCUUAAUUCAGCAGACUUGGAAGACGAACAGGAGCGCAUUGACUGCAAGAGCGACCUCUCUCAAGGUGACGGAUUGAACGUGCAGCAGCACCGGACGAGCCAGCGAGACCGGUAUCAGUGCCGUUACUGCUCCUUUGAGAGCCAUAAAGCGACGCACGUCACCGAUCACGAAAGGACGCACACUGGGGAGAAGCCCUUCAGCUGCCGCUUCUGCAGGAAAGCGUUUUCGCAAAAGGCAAACUUGCUGAGGCACGAAAGGCUGCACACGGGCGAAAGGCCGUUCGUGUGCCCAGUAUGCCAGCAGACUUUUACACAGAGGAAUGCCCUGGAAGAUCACGAGAGGAUACACACGGGCGAAAAGCCUUUUGUGUGUGGCAUGUGCGGGAGGGCGUUUUCGCGGCAGUCGCACCUGAGGCGUCACGAGAGGGUUCACACGGGAGAGCGACCGUACCAGUGCGAGACCUGUGGAAGGGCGUUCUCGCAGAAAGUGACUCUGAACAUGCAUCGGAAGAGAAAUCACAUCUGAGGGUACUGCGAGAACUGCAGAAGCUUGUGAAGAAAAUAAUCAUUCCAGAUGCUCUUUGAUCUGCACCAACUCCAAAAAUGUUUGUUACUUUUGCUUGACAUGUAAGCAUUUCUCUGCAUUGUGUUCUAUUACCUGAAUUGUGAAGCAUUUUAAUUGUGUUCUCACAUUUGAAAGGCUGUGCAAGGCUCGCAUUGCAUAAAAACUGCAUAAUUUGCUCAUGUCCUUAUGCGUAUGAUCUCUAAAAACCUACAGGUGUUAUGUUUCUUACUUUUUUUCAGUGUGGAAUUAGACAUUCCCAGUGUUUGCUGUCACGGUUUAGUCCACGUAACAUUUUGCAUACAAAAGUUAGCAUUUGAGGUAAUCAUCUGUGUGCAAUAUUUAUUCAACAAAUAUGAGUUUCGUAAGGUUAGUUAUUUUUGUUUAUUCCUGCUAAACAUUCACUUGCUCUAAGUGCAACUGUAUGGUUAUCCUGAGUGCCAUAUGUUGUACUAACAAAUGAGGGCAACAGUUGUCUGCAUAAGCUUGGUGCAUUGAGCUUGUCUUGUUUUGUCUCUUUUUGAGUUAUACAAACCCAAAAACUGGUUGUCACUUUCAAAU